GAGCUUUGAGAAUAAAACACCUAGCCACCAUGUCGAGCAAAAAAAGCAGAGGAAAGACCACCAAGAAGCGCCCUCAGCGUGCAACUUCCAAUGUGUUUGCCAUGUUUGAUCAGUCACAAAUUCAGGAGUUUAAGGAGGCCUUCAACAUGAUCGAUCAGAACCGUGAUGGCUUCAUUGAUAAGGAGGAUUUGCAUGACAUGUUAGCUUCACUUGGAAAGAACCCAAAUGAUGAAUACCUGGAGGCAAUGAUGAAUGAAGCUCCAGGGCCUAUCAACUUUACCAUGUUCUUGACCAUGUUUGGUGAAAAGCUGAAUGGGACAGACCCUGAAGAUGUAAUCAGAAAUGCCUUUGCAUGUUUUGAUGAAGAAGGAACAGGUUAUAUCCAGGAAGACUACUUGAGAGAUCUGUUGACGACAAUGGGUGAUCGGUUUACUGACGAGGAGGUGGAUGAACUUUUCCGUGAAGCACCAAUUGAUACCAAGGGCAAUUUCAACUACAUUGAAUUUACUCGCAUUCUGAAACAUGGUGCUAAGGACAAAGAUGACUAAUGGACUGUAAAUUCAAGGGUUGGGGGAAAGCUCCUGUUUUACUUUACAGAAUUUAUACCUAUUGGAACAUACUGCAUGCCUUGGCUCUAAUAAACGUUGCUUUUUUUCCGUUAUUUAUAUUUUUCGGUCAUGUUGGCACACUUUGCGCACACUUGAAGUGGAAGGUUAGUGGCAGGGAGCAAGAAUCUCUAGAAGCAGAUCACUUGAUUGAAUAUUUCUUGGAAACCACAAAAUUUCAGCCACUUGUUAGAGGUCACUAGUCUGUGUUUUGACUGCCAGAGUGGUGAUACUCGUUUAAAGUGUUUUGAUGUGAUUUGGCUUUUCAGGAUCCCUCUUUUUUCACUUUUCAGAGUUUUUUUUACUUGCCAUUUAAUUUGUGAUUUAUGGGAUGGUAAAGAAAAUAAACCACUAUCCAUCUGACUCUUCUGAUCAGUAUACUUGGUUUGUCUAAAGACAGUUGUCCUAGUUUAGUUGAAAGGGUAUGACCUGUAAGCUGUUAAUUUUACAUUGAAUGUCAUGAUAUAGUUGUGGUGGCAGUCUUGAUAUGCAAGUUUGAGCUGUCAUCCAUUUGUCCAAUUUUGAUUUUCAACUUAUGGAGCUAUAUUUAAAUAUGAUUUUAAUCAGUGAUAUUUGGUAAUAAGAGUAAAUGGUAUGAAGUGAGUUCUAAGCUGUAUAUUGAGGGAUAGUGGAAGAUGAUCCAAAAGACAAGAUUUCAGUUUAAGGUGCAGAGUUUUAUCCAGAGUCUUCCCGAUUUUGUCCAAGGUAAGACCAAAGUGUCCCAAGUGACUAUGCAGAUUGGUGUAGAUAUGUUUUGCCUUAUUCUUGAUCAUACUUCACACCCUGUUCAGAUUUCAGUGUCCUUUGUUAUCAAAAUUGACUUAAAUAAAAGUUCUAAAUUUG